UCCAAGCUUACAUUGCAAGCGGGCUUUUUGUUUUGGUGUGUAGUUCGGCGUUCGGUCUUGAUUUAUGCCGAAUAACCCAGUUUUCGGAAACCACUCUGCUUCUAAUACGACGUGGAUUUAUUCUGAGUUUCAGUUGGGUGUUACUACAUAGAAAUGGUUUUGUAGAUCGUAUACCAAUACUCGUAAUAUCAAUUCAGCAUGUUUAUAAAAUAAUCCUGUUUUUUGCUUACCAUAUUGAGUGCUACCCUAGAAAUAUAAGGCUUACGAAAUACCAUAUGAUACCGGUGAGUAUUGUUACACCACAGUCUGUGAGUUCAGCUGAGCAGAUUGGUGAACAUUCCUCGUCUCUGUCUCUACAAAAUGUUCCUGUUCAACAAGAUUCAGUUUCUCACCUAAACUCUCACACUACUGUACAUAUGAAUGAUGGCCAGAAUGAGCCUAGUAGUAUUUAUCUUACAGAUCAAGAGUUACGUCUAGAUUCAUUCUUUCCUAACUCUCCACUGGGCAUCACUAGAGAUCCUCAUUGUGACGAUAAUGGUGAAGAACAAAAUCGUAUAUCUAGUUUUGAACUAAUUAGCCGCUUAAUCGAUGCUGAGGGCCUAAUUGAGUUGGGUUAUAUACCGUCAAGUUGUAAUUCAGCUCCAGCGAUUGAUGUAGCCAGUUUAUCAGAUUUGGAAGAAGUGACGUCAAAGACAUUGUUGUGGUCUUCAAAUUGUGAUGAUGUCGAUUCUUUCAAUUUCGAUGAUUUGAGUAAUAAAAUCAAUGAGAGUAACACCAACAAUGCUGAUACUAAAUUGAGAAGUGAUAACAAGACUUUGGAGCAUCGGUCAGCUUUGACGACUGAAUAUAUAUCUGCUGAUUUCAACCCGUUAAACAGUACUAACGCUUUAGUACCUAUUAUCUCAUUACCAUCUGAUACAAAUUUACAAACUAUACCUUCACUUGAAUCAAACGAAUAUGAAAAUUUCCAAGCACACUAUAAAACAAAUACUGUUUUAGAUAAUGUUCAAUCACUGCCUUCUAAUACAGUACCUGAUGAUCUUGGCCCACUUAACAUUACUUCUUAUCCAAUGGGAUUAGUUGGGGCAAAUAUACCUUCAAUAACACGACCAUCUAUCCAUCAAUCUCCUGUCGAUCAUCAUGCACUUCAUCCAACAAUAAAACCUAAUCAUAUACCUUAUUCUUACUCUCCGUUAACUCCAUUGUCUAGUGUACAAAUCCGCAGUAGUAUACAUGAAAGUAGAUUUGUAAUUGAUAAUCAGGUUUGUCCAAUUGAUAACAUUUGUAAUCAGCAAUUACAGACUGGCUCUUUCGUCAAAAAUAAGUACUCAUCAGAUUAUCAAGAGUAUUCAGGUGCUCCUGAAUGCUUUCCUACAGUUCAAACUCUAGAGUUAUUCACUUCACAUUCAUCUGACUUACCCCAUAGCUCAUCACAUCCUUCGAAGAAUGUUGGGAAAUCACCUAAACAUUUGUCAAAUGACACAAAGCCCAUCAAAUAUCCUGAACUUCUACAAAAAAUUGGUGAAAAUUGCAAUUCUAACAUUUCCGGUCCCAAUCUACCGUUCAUUUCUCAUUCUACAUAUUCCAGUCGAACUCAGUCUUCUUCAUCUUGUUCAAUUAGACAACAGCUUGCAACUGCUCCGAGUCAUCCACAACUUCACGUAAGUAUACCUCAGUCUCCUCAGUCGAUAUAUUCUGUAUUCUCAUGUUCACCAAAUCAAAAGGUCGCAGUAUCUAGUACUGUUAAUUUGCCAUCUAGUGAUUCCACUUCAGCUACAUUAAUAUUCAAUGGAGAUUUCCGAUCACGGCCUAUUAUAAGCAGUACUGAUAAUUCAUUUUGGUCCCAUCCCUCAAUCCCCAGUGGGUCCGCAGUCAAUACUCAGAUGAUUACAAAUUGGGAACAUUCAGUACCAUAUCCUGCCUAUGUACCCAAUUCUCAGAUAACUGGUUUUCUUCCCGAAAAUAUUUCAGUCACUGAUAAAGCAGCGAUUUAUGUUAAAGAUGGAAAUUCAACAGCGAUACAACCAGUUCUCGGAAGUGGAUUGGUUGGCAGUUUCCAGUAUUUGACACCAACUACUGUUCUCUCAAAACCCAAUUACACCAUUCUAAACGAUCAGUUAACAUUUAAUCAUCCACAAGAAACACUAAUCCAACCAUUUCUACCACAGAUGAGUGACCCCAUAAAAACAACACAAAAUCUUAGAAUCCCAUUUUGUCAGGGCACAAAAUACACUUUAACCCCAGGCAUAUCUAUUCCUAUUAAUCCCGAACACUCGUUUGGUCGAUUAGAAAUGAAUACUCAUCGUUAUUCCUCUGAAUCUUCUAAAACAAAUCCAGCCCUGACUUCUAGAUCAUCAUCGUCACGACCAUUUAAUUCUCCGGUUCGUCGUAAUUCUGUUCCUUUUCAAUCAACUUAUCAGAAUUGUAUGAAUUUCUCUGAAACAGCUGCUCAUCAAUCUGAAUGUUCUAUUGUUGUAUCUCAAUUAUCUACUAAGAAAUUAACUACACCGGUUUUAUGUUGUAUAUCAUCCAAUUCAAAUAAUAUCCCAAUAAUAAGUCAACAAUCGCCCAAUAAUAAUAAUAAUAAUAAUAAUAAUAAUAAUAUUGUAUUCAAAACAGAUAAUAUAAAGCAACAUAUUAUUGAUCAAAAUAUUUUGACUAAAACUGCUACUACUACUACUAGUAUUGUUCAACCAUCAGAAUUAUGUCAUAUUCAACCGAUUUUAAUUUCAUCUCCGGUUAAAAAUAAUAAUAAUACACAUAAUUUAGGUACCGGUUCUUAUAUUGAUUCAAAUUGUUUAUCAAAUCAAUCAAAUAAUGAUAAAUCACAUUCAAUAACACCCUCCUCUCCACUAUUAACAAAUUGUAAUUCACCAUCAUCAACAUUACAAUCAUCUACUGUAUGUUGUUUGUUACGGCCAUCGGGACGUUCAACUAGUACAAGCAGUGGAAGUAGUUGUGGUAGUUCCUGUAGUGGUACUGGUGGUGGUGUGUCUGUUUCAUCUGGACAGUAUAUUUGUGUAAUAUGUUCCGAUCGUGCAAGUGGAAAACAUUAUGGUGUCUUUUCGUGUGAAGGGUGUAAAGGAUUUUUCAAACGGACUGUACGUAAGGAACUCACUUAUAUUUGUCGAGAUAAUCAAGAAUGUCAAAUUGAUAAACGACUACGUAAUCGUUGCCAAUAUUGCCGUUAUCAGAAAUGUUUACGGGCGGGAAUGCGACGAGAAGCCGUUCAAGAAGAACGUCAACAACAACAGCUCCACUCUGAAGUCCAAAGAUCACCAACUCCACCUGAGCAAAAUUGUGAUUUAUCAGUUAACUCAAUGAUUAUGUCUGAUACAAAAAUAACUAAUACCAUGAAUCAUUCAUGUUUAGCCGAAAAACAAGAAAUAAUGUUAAAAACAACUAAUUGUACAUCAUCUAGUCCUCACUUACUUUCGAAUUGCUCAGAUAAUAGUAUAAAUUAUUUCUACUCAGCGUCGAACGAAAAAUCUCAACAACUUUCAAUAAAUGACAAUUUUAAUCUCACUGUUAAUGAUGCUGCAACAUAUCCACCUCAAGAGUUAUCUUUAAUCAGUAAUAAAGAUAGCAACAACGUGACAUUACCUCUGGCAGACAUUCAUGCAUUGAAACUCCCAACAACAACAUCCGCAGCCAUUCCACCGCCACCUGAUGCCUUAGAAUUUAUCAGGACAGCCGAAUCGACUAUUUCAAGUAGACGUAAACAAUGGUUGAGUGCUUUCAAUAAACAACAAUGUCAUGCAGAGAUUGCUAAAUGUUUUCAAGACAGUAUGGAAAAUCUUAAGUGGUUGGAAAAUAAUUUUGAAAAGUGUACAACUAAUCAUUUACCACUGCUUGAUUUAGUUAUCUGGUCGUCAAAACUUCCGUAUAUCUGUCAACUCUCGUGUGGUGUUCACUUAGACCUCCUUAAAUCAGCAUGCAUGCAAUUGAUCAUAGUGAAUUUAGUUUAUUGGUUAGCAAACGAUCAUAAACCUCGUUCAUUCUCAACAUCAAACUCUACAUCUAAACUUCCCGAUACUACUCCCACUAUCAAUAGUACUGAUAUUUCCAAUAUAACUGACGAUCCUCCUGAAAAUUCAAUCUCAUCAACAAUAUCAGAUAUAUCUAAAGACUGUACAAUACAAAUGAAAAAAAUAAAUAAAUCUGUUCCAUCGGAUGAGAAAAUGGAUUAUUAUUACUCGAAUUUCCCAGAAUUUCACUUAUUAAAUAAUUUAACAAAACCAAUGGAUAAUAAUAAUAACGAUUCAAUUUCUUCAAAAUCAACUAAUAUUAAUGACAAUAGUGUAGAUGAUGAUAUGAUUCGAAAACGUAAUACAAAUGUUUACAAGCUAAUUUAUAAUUUAGCUAUAAAGCUUAGAAUGUUAAACCUGGAUCCAGUGGAACUGGGUUGUUUAAAAUUGAUUUUACUAUUGAAUCCAGAUUCUAUGACUUGUCUUAAUAAUAUUCGGUCACUAAUUGAAUUGUUACGUGAUCAAGUUUAUGCUGGCCUAGAAUAUUAUUGUAACCAAGUUUGGCCAAAUGCCCCACAUGGACGAAUGGGACGUUUAUUACUGAAACUAUCUAAUUUUCAAUCAGUUGCUGCACGUAUUGAAAAGUUAAUAUGUUCCAAUGAAUUAAAUCAUCUGUUAAAUAAUUUAGAAUCUAUAUUUUCAUAUUUAUCUAAGAAAAAAGUAGACCCUUCAAAUUAUAUCAGUACAACAACUACUACUACGACGACGGUGUCGUCUACAACUACCAGUACUAGUAAUAGUAUUCAUCUCGAAUUUUCAUAAUAUAUAUAUAAUUAAAUCACUUAAAUUUAACUGAUAGCCAAUCUAUCUAUUUGCCUAUCUACUUUUACAGCUUUUAUUCACGAAAAACUUUCUUCCUAUAAAUUAUGUACAAAAGUAUAAAAAGUGUGAAAAUGACUUAAUUAGCCUUGUUUAUUAAUUCAUCAUUGUUUUGUUCAUUCUAAUUUUUGCAUAUACAUAGUUUCAAGUGAAUACUUAACUGGUCUUCUUUUUUAUUAUUAUUAUUAUUAUCAUUAUUUAAAAGAGAGUUUAGUUCCCGUUUGUUAUUACCUGUGUUUUGUUUCCUCUUCUCUGUUUUAAUUUUUCUCUUCCCUGUUUAAAUGCCAUCACCUCACUCCCUACCAUUUGUGUAUGAUUAUUUCUUAACUUCUCUUACAAAAAGUAAACAAACUUCUAAUAAACAAAAAUUAUUCUAUUGUUUUUUUUUUCCUGCAUGACACAAUUGAAAUGAGUGGAUGCUGUGUUUUAUUUAUAUAUGCCUCUAUGUGUAUGUGUGUUUAUAGAAUGAUAUUCUUCCAAUUUUAAAUCAUCUUUGUAUAACUUUAUAUCUUCAAAAAAAAACAAAAGUUUUUUUUUAGCAUUGCAGCAGAAAAAACAAACAUCUUUUAUGUAUUUUGGCUGUGGUUUAACCUGUUUUUCUUUUAUAUGCGACUUUUACGCUUUUUUCUUAGUUGAGAAGGGAGGGGGCAGCAGCAAAUUAGCUUAUAAUUCAUUCGAUUAUUGUAAUGUGCAGAUUCAAUUUGUUUCCAUUAAAUAUUUCAAUGGUUAUACAUUACUAUGACCAUUCUCAGGUGAUGAUAAAACUUUUAAUCGGUAAAAUUUUUAUAAAUAUUUACAACUAUUUUAUUUCUUGAUUGUUUGAAUUUCUUUUUAUUAAUUCUAUUAUUUUCUUAGGUAUUUAACAAUAUUUGACGGAUUGGGAGGGAGGGGGCUUGGUAGUUGUUUUUCUUAUUGUAUGUACUGUGUAUAUGAUUUUUCAUGCCUUUACUUCGAAGGGCGGGGCAUUAAUACGCCACCACUUUUUCUUACUUCACACUUUUAACUAAUUCAUAUAUAUGUAACAGUGUAGUGGUUUCCACUUACUUAAAUGCCUACCUCUUAUUCUUUACAAUAUUUAUUUUUCUUGCUAUCUAUAUACUAAUUAUAUGACUGAGAUGUAUGUGUACUAAAUAAUGUAAAGAUUUUAGAACAGGGGGGAGGCGGUAUAAAAAUACCGGUGGUUUUGACAGUGAUUCUUGAGUGAAAAAUGUUGUAAAUUGUUGCUGCGUUAAUGUGUCAUUGAAUUUUUUGUCCCUAUUUUUCUAUACUAAAUUUCUUAGUUAUAAAAUAUAUUAUAUUCGUUUAUAUAUUAGAGAAUUAGUGGUGGAUUACCUCACUUUUAUAUUACGUUAUAUGUAUAUUUCUCAGGUAUUCGGUUUAGUUGUUUUUAACUUAUUCCCUCCUCAUCAUCUUCUUCGUAUUUUAUCUAUCUUAUCAUCUAGCUGUCUCAAUCCGUUGUAUGUAUUUUGAUAAAUACAACCGGUUCGUUUAAUAUUCUGUUGUUUUGUUUGUUUGUUUUUUUCUGAAAAAAAAUAAAAACAAUGACGUUUCCCUGUGUCUUUUUCCUAGUUCUAUAUUGAUUAUUUAAUUAUUUACACACAUUGUUUUUUAAAGAAAAGGCACAUAUAUAUAUAUAUCUCAUAGACAGUAUUUCAUGUCAGGAGUAUAUAUAUAUGUGUGUAUCCGGCAUAAACAGUCUCUUUUUUUGCUUAUAUUUUAUGUAAAACAAUAUAUCUUAAAGAUUUAGGGUCUCUUUUUUCUUAAUCUUUAUUUAUAUAUAAUAAUGUGUUAUCCCAGUUUAUGAAUUCAUCUCAUCCACCCCCCUUGCUUAUUCUGUGUAUAUUUUACUUUUAAAUUUGUUUUUCCCCCUCUUUUUUCUCUCUACCUUUUCAUGGUAAUUGUGGUGCUAAUGUCAAUGUUGAAUUUUUAGAUGUUUUAUGAAUAUGAUUAAAAGAAAGAAAAAUUCAAACUGUUCAUUGAUAUGAAAUGAUGAAUAUACUGUGAAAGGAAAAAGAAGGACGUUUAAAUGAGACAUUCACAAUAAUUUUGUUUAUUAUUUACUAAUUAUCAUUACUACUUAAUAACAAUGUUAUUUCUGAGUUUUUCAUUGUUAUUGUUGUCUCCUUUUACGGAUUAAAAAUUUUGAGUGAUAAUGACAGUUAUAAUAUAUAAAUAUAUACAUAUAUUAUAGUAAUUAAUAAUAAUUAUUUGUUUUUGUUUGUUUUUCGAUUAAUUUGCGAUCUAUGUUUAUCAGUUAAUGGGGUUUAUUUAUUUAAACACAUAAAUA